UGUCGAGCCUGAAAGCAGAGGACGAAGAGCAACAGCAGCCGACAGACAGACAAACAGACUGAGGGAGUCGCAGCUAAACAGCCUUUUUGGACCCGCGACAAACAGCCGCUUUGAUAUCUGCUUUUUCAUCGACGGCUACUAACGGUCGGUUUGAGGAUUUACGCUCAGCUCUCGGUGUUUGAUUUUGAUGAUUUUCCUCCAUUGUUGGUCGAAGUUUCCGACUGUCACGUCUUAGUUACGGACCUUUAUCGCCACUGUCCCUGGGAUUAAUCGCUUUAAUUCAAGACUGAAUAAAUCAGCACGUACCCACUUUCUGUACACGGCUGUUUUUUUGGAGUGUUUUCUCUAACGGAGCGGGAACGUGAAGGCAGAUUUUGGACGUGCCUUCGCCAUGGGGAAAUAGCGGGGAUCUCUCUGUAACCGAUCCCCGUGUGUUCAGACUUUUUCAUGAUCAUUUUUAAAAGACAAGUUUUUUUUGACCAAAACAAUGAGCAUGGACGGUUGUCCGCUGAAGGUGGUGAUUUUUUUGUGGUGUCUGCUGGUGAUUUCUGGCUCCAGCUUUGAGAUAGGCUCCUACGACCUGGAGCGAGGCAGACCAGCUAAGUGCGAGCCCAUCGUGAUCCCCAUGUGCGAGGGGAUCGGCUACAACCUGACCCGGAUGCCCAACUUCAUGGACCACGACGACCAGAAGGAGGCUGCCAUCAAGCUGCACGAGUUUGCCCCUCUGGUGGCUUAUGGCUGCGAUGUGCACCUCCGCUUCUUCCUCUGCUCCCUCUACGCCCCCAUGUGCACGGACAAGGUGUCCACCUCCAUCCCCGCCUGCAGACCAAUGUGUGAGCAGGCCAGGGAGAGAUGUGCCCCCAUCAUGAAGAAGUUCAGCUACACCUGGCCAGACUCGCUCGACUGCUCCAAGCUGCCCACCAGAAACGACCCUAACGCUCUGUGCAUGGAGGCCCCCGAGAACGAAACCAGGACGGAGGGCAAGAAAGGCGAGGGCAUGCUUCCAAUGCCCCCUCGCCCCAGGCAGUCGGACAGCAGCGGCGGGAACUCCCUGGGCAGCGUGGGCUCCUGUGAGAACACAGACAAGUUUCAGUUUGUGGAGAAGAGCCAGUCGUGUGCACCACGCUGCUCCCCUGCUAUAGACGUCUUCUGGUCCAGGCAGGACAAGGACUUUGCCUUCAUUUGGAUGACAGUGUGGUCCAUCCUCUGCUUCAUCUCCACUGCCUUUACCGUUCUGACCUUCCUCCUGGAGCCUCACCGCUUCCAGUACCCUGAGCGCCCCAUCAUCUUCCUCUCCAUGUGCUACAACGUCUACUCCGUGGCCUUCAUCAUCCGCUCGGUGUCUGGGGCGGAGAACAUCGCCUGUGACCGGGAGCAAGGCGGGCUCUACGUCAUCCAGGAAGGGCUGGAGUCGACGGGCUGCACCAUCGUCUUCCUCAUCCUCUACUACUUCGGCAUGGCCUCUUCUAUCUGGUGGGUCAUCCUCACCCUCACCUGGUUCCUCGCUGCAGGGAAGAAGUGGGGCCACGAGGCUAUCGAAGCCCACAGCAACUACUUCCACAUGGCGGCUUGGGGCAUCCCCGCUCUGAAGACCAUCAUCAUCCUCACCAUGAGGAAAGUGGCUGGAGAUGAGCUGACGGGGCUGUGCUACGUGGGGAGCAUGGACUCUGGGGCGCUCACCGGCUUCGUCCUCAUCCCUCUGUCCUGCUACCUGAUCAUCGGCACCUCCUUCAUCCUCACAGGCUUCGUGGCUCUCUUCCACAUCCGCAAAGUGAUGAAGACAGAGGGCACCAACACAGAGAAGCUGGAGAAGCUCAUGGUGAAAAUCGGCAUCUACUCCAUCCUCUACACGGUGCCGGCCACCUGCGUCAUCGUCUGCUACUUCUACGAGAGGCUAAACAUGGACUACUGGAAGCUGAGAGGGCUGCAGAUGAAGUGCGGCCUCAGCAGCGACUGCUCGCUGCAGACGUCUGUGCCCACCGUGGCUGUGUUCAUGCUGAAGAUCUUCAUGUCGCUGGUGGUCGGCAUCACCAGCGGUGUGUGGGUGUGGAGCUCUAAGACCCUGCAGACCUGGCAGGGCCUGUGCAGCAGAAAGCUGGCAGACAGGACUAGAAGCAGGAAACCCUGCAGUGGUGUCAGCUGUGGCAGCACACACUGCCACUACAAAUCUCCUGCCGUGGUUCUGCACAUGGCCAAGACUGACCUGCACUCAGACAACCCCACACAUGUCUGAGAGUGACACACACACACACACACACACACACACACACACCAAAAUGCAACCACGUACACUCAAAAACACACACAUUUACACACACAUGCCCUGAGUAAGGAGCUGCUAAGACUUUGUAAGAAGAUGAGUGGUUGAAUUGAACUGUCAGUUACUGCUCUGCUGCUGCCAAGGGACACACAGGUACUGGCGUCACUAUGAGAAACUACCUAUAAACAGUAUUCAAUACAUAAAGGGAAAUGUUUAGUAUUGUUACCCAUAUUUUUCUGUUUCAUAGUGCAGUAGACAUGCCCAGUGUUUUAAAGCAAGGCUGUCAUGGGAGGCAUCUUGGGAAAUAUUCUCCUCCUGAAUGUGGCAUGAUUCACUGUAUAAAUCUGUAUAAAUGUUUUAUUUAUUGUAAAUAUAUUUAAUUUAAAGUUCACCUCGGCUCUUAUCAGAUUUGUUGUUUAGAUGCAUUUAUUAAAGGUAAAGGGAAAUGAAGUGCCUUUUAUAAGAACCCUGGUUCUGGCCUUUAAAAGGGUAAUAAAUUUGUGGAAUUCAUGUUAAACGUC